UGUGUAUAUACAUAUGUAUGUAGGUAUAUAUUUACUCAUUUAUACAUCAGAUUUUUGAUUCUCCGUCGUGGAAUAUCCUGUGUAAAUUUUAAAAUAUGUAUGUAUUUACAUAAAAAAAGAAAUAUGCCUAAAAAAAGACAAGGGAGAGGUAAAACAGGAAAAGAAAAGAAGGAAGUUAAUAAGGAUAUUAAAGAGCAAUAUUUUGAAGAAAUCAUCGAUGUAGAUGAAAAUACUACAAAGGAUUUUGAAUUUUUAUCAAAUGCUCCAAUUUCUGGAAAUGAUGAUUUUGUUUUUGAAUCUGAAAAGAAUUGGGAUGUUGACGUUUUCAAAUACUCUGAUUUUUUUAUACUUGAUUUAAAGACACUGUCUGCAGCAAUAGAAGCAAUUCCAUUUAAUGAAAAUGUUAAUAUUGAUAGAAAGUAUUUUACUGAUGAUCAGUUAACAGAUAUUUAUAAUACAGCAGAACGAGGUAAAGAAAAAUAUACCAAAAUAUUAAAUGAUUCAGAAAAGAUAGUUAUAAAUAAUACAGAAGAUGAAGACAAAAGUCAGAAUUCAUUAGAAAACACAGCUGAUGAUUUAGAUAUUUUAUUGUCUUGUCAAGAACCUGUGAUUGAUCCUUUAAUGGUUGUGAAAAAAUCUUUAUCUUUUUCUUGUAGCUCUGAUGCAAAGAUGACAAAUAAAUCUAACACAUCAACCAAAUCUUUAGAUUUAGAAAAGUGGCUAGAUUCCAUAUUGGACGAUUAUGAUUAGGUGGUUAUUUUAUUUGUACAAAAAAUGUAUCUAUAAGAGAAAAAAGGAAGAAUUACUAAUCUUUAAACACUAAAUCUAAAUAUAAUCUAAAUCUCAUAUUGAGAUAAACAAAUUGAGGAACUGCUUUCUUGAACAAUUCUUUGAUAGAAAAUGCAUGUAGAAAAUGCAUUGUUCAGAUUGCUUUGUAGACUAGAAUUUUAACUAGUCGCCAAAUUGCAUACUGAGGUAAGCUUUCAUUUUGUCAUAAACUAUGAGCAUAAUCGCGCCACCUGGUCCUAACCGUAAAAUCUUUGGUAACAAUCCUUUGUACAAAGCUCUAAAUCUAAAAUAAAAAUAUUCAUGAAUUAUUGAUAUACAGAUAUUUAAAAUAAAUGUAAUAAAAACAUAAAAUAAUAUAAUUUACAUA